AUGGCUGGACAGAUACCCGAAUCGGAUCAGAUCAAGCAGUUCAAGGAGUUCCUUGGCACAUACAAUAAGCUUACAGAAAACUGCUUCCUGGAUUGCAUAAAGGAUUUCACUAGCAGAGAGGUUAAACCAGAGGAGAUGACCUGCUCAGAGAACUGCCUGCAGAAGUAUUUAAAAAUGACCCAGAGGAUCUCCAUGAGGUUCCAGGAGUAUCACAUCCAGCAGAACGAAGCUCUGGCAGCUAAGGCAGGACUGCUCAGCCAACCUCGUUAG